AUGUCAAAGAAGUUGCUUGUUCUGGGAGGUACCGGCGCAUUAGGUCGCAAUGUGGUGAGCUACUUUGCUCGUGCAUCGUGGACAGUCAUUUCGGUAGGCUUUUCAAAGAAUGAGGAAGCUCAUAGCAAUGUGAUUGUGCCCGAGAGUAACAAUCUCAAACAAGCAAAAGAGACGAUGGAGACAAUCUCAAGCAGAUAUGGUAAGGUCAAUACUGUUGUAUCCACGGCAGGUGGAUGGGCUGGAGGCAGCAUUCGCGAUCCAAACUCUCUCGUCAAUUUAGGGGACAUGCAUAUGAAGAACCUGGAAUCGGCAUUUUUAGCAACGUACUUGGCAAGUCAUCUGCUCUUGCCUGGAGGAUUGCUCGUUUUGACUGGUGCUACUGCGGCACUCAAGGCCACCCCAAGUAUGGUCUCGUACGGAGCUACUAAAGCAGCAACUCAUCAUUUGAUUGCAAGUGCUGUCACGGAGCUACCUAAAGAUACGUCAGUAUUGGGUGUGCUGCCCGCGACGAUCGACACGCCAAUGAAUCGCAAGUUCAUGCCAGACGCUGACUUUUCGAGCUGGACUAAGGCCGAGGAUAUUGCGCAGAAGAUUUUGGAAUGGUCGAAUGCUUCUUAUGCUGCUCGUCCCCCUAGUGGACACUUGAUCCGUGCCAUUACCAAAAACAACACGACGUCUUGGCAAGAUGCUGGCAAUCCGUUUCAAUAG